AUGCUGAACGAAAACUGUAAAACCCUACAGAAGGUUGAGGUCCAAGUGAAGGCCAAUGAGGAAUCUGUGGUGAACAGAAUGGUCACUCUGGAUGGGAAAUUAGAGGCCGUGCUAUCAAGACUAGCAGCGAUGGAAGCUGACGUUUGCAAUAUCUUUGUGUCUCCUGGAGCGACGUUUAACUUGACAAGAUGUACAGCUUCCCUCUCGUCAGCCAGCAGCCAACUGUAUUCAUCCGUGCCGGUGCAAGAGGAGGAGACCUUUGUUGACAUCCAACAUCCGUUUCCUUCUCAGUCUUCAUCAAACCAACCCAAGGGUGCCUUUGCCUGUGCCUGUGGGAACACACCAGCCGCCCGUGACGCACUGUCUGAAUCAUACACUGCCCCCAGUCCGGGAAGAACCGAUUCACAAUGGCUGCCCCAGCAGGAAACCACAGGAGCUCCGAGCAUCACUUUGAGCACAAACAGCAGCUGUAGCUUCAUUCACACAUCUGAGGCCAUCGCUGAGCCGGUGGAGAAGGCCAAGGCCAAUUCUCUGGAGAUUCUGCAGUCUGGCAUAGUCUUCAGUUCUGGCCACUUGGCAAAGAUCAUGUUGGACUCCAGUCCCAUCGACAGGUGGAUUGAGGUGGUGGUGACUGAUGUUCCUCCAGCAUUGACAGGUGCAGUGGCACCAAUGCCUUCCACCGGCACGACCCCAGAACCACCAGCUGUGGCAAAGACAAAGAAGAUUCAGCCCUCUGAGGAUGACAGUGACCUUUCAGAUGUGAGAAUAAAGCUUUGUUGUGGGUCCCCUUCAUGGACCCAGCCGUCCCUGUUGUUUGUGAGGAACAGGGAGAAAUCAAAGCUUGAUCUCUGUGAGCUCACUGAGGCCAAAUCGACCAAACAGACUCCGCUCAACUACAUGAAGAGCCAGAAAAGUACCACACGGUCAACAUCGACCUCAUGCACAGCAAAGAGCUGCCGUACAUCAAGUACAUCGGGUCUCUGCAGAAAAGCUGUGCGAAAUUGGUCAGCAAGGAAAUCGUCCAGAAGAGGAUUAAGCAUCAGCCCUCCUCGUGUGAAGACCGACUAGUGUAAAGACCUGCGACUCUUCCAGCGCGACUCCACCGAGCAAAGACACCGGCAUGCACAUCAGUAUAUUUAAAGGGGUGAUUAUUUUUUAGUUUUACACAAAUGUAAUAUAAAUCAUAGGGGUCCACAUAAUGUGUCUGUGAAGUUUCAGCUCAUAAUACACCACAGAUCUUUAAAUAUACCAUGUGCUACAUUCCCACUUUUGCAUGUGAGGAGAAACGCACUGUUUUGGUGUGUGUGUAUCUUUAAGUGCAAGUGAGCUGCUAGUCUCCGCUCCCUUUUCAGCAGAAAACAUGCUGUGAGCCUGUGCUUUCAGCGACAAAUAAAAUAAAAUUUAGUCACAUAAAGCUAACGAGAAACACGGUCUUGCCUUUGAAAUCCAAACACAUUGUUUUCGAUAAGCACAUCAGCUCACCCCUGGGCCAUUCGCGAAGCCCCUCCGGCCUCCCUGUGGUCUCCGAACCGGUCCCGGCCUCCCUACGUGCACCUGGACUCACCCCAAAUAUUUUUUGGGGUGCGUCAUAUGGGUGGGAAGACCCGAUCGGCCAGACCGGUCGUCGGGCUCUCGGUGCAGCCGGCACCCUCCAGGCCUCCCGAGCGGCUGGCACCCCAACGUCCUAGAGACUCCUUUUCUUGUCCCCCCGUGUCCUCCAUAAGUCUCCAGGACGCCCAACCCCCCUCCCCGGUUAUUGGUUGGCGUGAGGUCGUAGUACUGUCACAUUCCCGUGUGUCCCUUGCCUGUUUUCACCUCUGCCUCAUUUAGUUCAUCCCCUGCACCUGUUUAGCCCUCGUUAUCU